AGGCGGUUUCCAGGCUUUCGUACGUUACCUAGAUGGCUGGUGCUGACAGUAACAAAAAGGAAAAACGAAAACGAUGACAGCUACGUUUGAGUGUUUUCCAUGUGCCAGGGACAUGAGUUACAACUGUUAUUUCAUUUACUCCUUUAAAUGCCUUAAUCUCAUUAAAUGUCUUUAAGUUCUCCUGGUUGCCCAGGCCAAACAGCCAGGCAUCUCUAGUUUCUCUUCUUUUUCUCCCCCUCGCAUCUGAUGCGUUUGCAGGCCUCAUGGCCUUGCGUCUACACUAUACCCUGGUUUUAACGACGACUCCUUCAGCCGCCUCUAGCUUCGGCUGCAUCGUCCCGACAGCCUCCGCACUGAUUCCCUUCUUCCCCCGACUGUGAGCCACGCAACGGCCGGGGUGAGAUUAUUUGUUUGUUUUGUCGGAACAUUUUAUUGAGGUAUAAGUUAGCCACUAGAAUUGGACAACUGGCUGCAUUUUCGAGGUGUGUCGGGCCCAUCUCGCCAAGCCCGCCUCCAGCCCCUGUCCUCCCUCCCCGCCUCCCACACUCGCUCUGCCGACUCGUGGGCCCACGGACGCGUCGCUUCUUCUCGAACUUCACCUCCGUGAAAUGUAAUUGCAUGGUAGGUGCACAGUAGGAGUGCACCACAAUUUAUGUUUCCCUUUUCCUUUGGCGGACAGUUGGGUUUCUGGUUGUGGUCUGCUUUGAACAGUACUUCCACAGACAUUUUUGCACAUCCUCUGCUAAGCAUGUGUGAGAAUCUCCGUAGGUAUCCACCGAGGAGUGGAAUUGCUGCGUCGGAUGGUACGUGUCCAGUGCACGUCAGUAAACAUAAACGCGUCUUCCCAGGGUGCUUAUCACCAGCAGCACGAUCCGAAAGCUCCCGUUGUACGUGCUCACCACGAUUUGGGGCUCCUUAUCUUUUUUCUCGUAGCCUUUCUAAGGAGUGUGUAGCACUGCCGCAUUUGUGGUUUUAAUUUGCACUUUACAAGUGAGUCAUAGAUUUGAGCACCUUUCUUAGGUUUAUUGGCCAUUCGAACAUCCUCCGUUACCAAGUACCUGUCGAAGGCCUUGGCCUGUUUGCCUGCUGUAUUCUCCUGCCUUUCCUUAUAUGUUCUGUGCUAUACAAUGGAUGCACGUGUAUCUUUUUCCUCUCUGUGCCUCGCCUUUCACUGCUUAGUGAUGUCUUUCAAUGACCAAGUUUUCUUAAUUUUGGCGUCGUGCGCCCUUGCGUUCUUUUCUUUCAGUGACUUUAGUCACUUAGUAAUUUUCACGUCUGGCUUCAGCAGUCACCGCCCACCCGGUGGCCAUGCCGGUACUCUCCUGAGCUCUCUUCUAAAGCGUGCUCUUCUACCCGUCGCAUGUAGAGCUGCAGUCCUUAUGGAACUAUUUUUGUGUAUGGCAGAAAGUGCGGAGGUCAGAAUGUAUAGUUUUCCUUGUGAAUACCCAGGUGACCCAGCAUCAUUUUUGGCAAAGACCAUCUUUUGCUCGCUCUCAGAGUGGCAGUUUUCUUACAUUGGAUCACCAGGUCCCCAUGCUCGGACUCCCUCGAUGGCUUAGAGUGGAAUACACGCCUCUCACCGUGGCGCCUUGCCAGCAUCCGCCUCCUUCGGGCUUCUAGCCCUUGUUCUCUGUUUCUCCCCACCCCUGCGGACACGCCUGUCUCCUUGCGAUUCCUCAGGCUGCCAAGUGCGUUGCUGGCUCAGGCUCUCGCACGUGGGGUUCCUUCUGCCCAGGGUGCUCUGGCUUCACGUCUUAGCCUGGAUCGCUCCUCGUUUGACUCAAGUCUCUGCUCGAAUGUCCAGUCCUUGGAAAGGAUCACCAACCAACGCGUGUAACACUAAGAAUAUGAAUAAAAGCUACCGGUUCUUGGGAUACCUUUCUCAUGCUCUGGAGUUUCAAGCCGCAAGCUAGAGCUUUCAGAUAUGUGGGUCACAAGGACGUUGUAACCAGCGUGCAGUUUUCUCCUCUGGGAAACUUAUUGGCAUCUGCGUCACGAGACAGAACCGUUCGACUCUGGAUUCCUGAUAAGAGAGGGAAAUCCUCUGAAUUUAAAGCUCACACAGCUCCCGUUCGAAGUGUGGACUUCUCAGCCGAUGGCCAGUUUCUGGCGACAGCUUCUGAAGACAAAUCCAUCAAAGUAUGGAACAUGCACCGCCAGCGUUUCUUGUACUCCUUGUACCGACACACGCACUGGGUGCGCUGUGCCAAGUUUUCACCUGAUGGAAGACUGAUUGUGUCAUGUAGUGAAGAUAAAACUAUUAAAAUCUGGGAUACCACAAAUAAGCAGUGUGUUAAUAACUUCUCAGAUUUUGUAGGGUUUGCCAAUUUUGUGGAUUUUAACCCUAAUGGUACGUGCAUAGCCUCGGCAGGUUCUGAUCAUACCGUGAAAAUCUGGGAUAUAAGAGUGAACAAACUACUCCAGCAUUAUCAAGUUCACAGUGGUGGAGUGAACUGUGUGUCAUUCCAUCCUUCGGGUAACUACCUCAUCACUGCUUCUUCCGAUGGUACCCUUAAGAUUCUGGACCUCCUAGAAGGAAGGCUCAUAUAUACACUUCAAGGACAUACGGGGCCUGUCUUCACUGUUUCGUUUUCAAAAGGCGGAGAGCUGUUUACCUCAGGAGGAGCAGAUGCACAGGUCUUAUUAUGGAGGACUAACUUUGAUGAAUUGAAUUGUAAAGAUGUUAUUAAAAGAAACCUCAAAAGAUUACACUUUGAUUCACCGCCACAUCUUCUUGAUAUCUACCCACGAACACCACAUCCCCACGAGGGAAAAACUGAGACUGUCCAGAUUAAUCCAAAGCUUGAUGUAAUCGAUUUGCAGACCUCCGCUCCCCCUGUUGUGGACAUCCUUUCUUUUGAUUCUACUACAGCAACAGAAACCACUGUUAGAACUCUACCCGACAAGAGUGAGGAGACCUGCGGAUGUUUCUUGAACCCUUCUCUAAUGUCAUCGGAAUGUUCACCUGCAGCCUCAAAAAAGAGAACAGAAGACAUGAGCGACCUCCCUUCUGAGAGCCAGAGAAGCAUACCGCUUGCUGUGACCGAUGCCUUGGAGCAUAUUAUGGAACAGCUCAAUGUUUUGACACAGACCGUGUCCAUCUUGGAGCAGCGACUGACUUUGACAGAGGAUAAGCUCAAAGACUGCCUUGAAAAUCAGCAGAGGCUUUUCAGUGCCAUCCAACCGCAGAGUUGAACAGCCAAGAAGGAGCAGAGGCACAAGACAUGAACCCAUGUACCUAUACUCGGGAAGGUAGUCCACGAUGCUUCAUGCAACACAACCAUGUUUAAUUAUCAUGGCAUUUCUCCAAAGGGUGAGCAACAGAACAAAAGGCAGAAAAGACAUAAUUAAGGACUAAUUUAAACACACAAAUCAAUGUUGAGGACCAACUCAAAUCAUUUCCAUUUAUGACUGCCAUAAUAAAGUCAUCAGCACUCAAGUGGCUCCACAUUUCCCCCAUAUUAUUUUAAAUGUCAGUUUUUCUUGAUAGUUCAAAUCCUGCUAGAAAAGUAAGCACAUCUCUGGAUUUUGUUAUUUCACAUUGACCAUCUUCAGGCAAUUCCUUAAAACAAUGUAUUUCUUAGUGAGCAAUACCCUUAGUACGAAGUAAUUCACUUACCGUAAAACAGCAUUUUCUAUUCAGAGAAUAAGUUAAUGAUCUGACCUGUAUUUCUUUCAGUUCAAAUUCUUCCUUUCUUACCUAUUAUGCCUUUGCAAGACCAUCUCGUGGGGCUCCCAAACCACAGAUGUACCACAGCAAGAAUACACUUCCUUUCAUUAGCCACCGUGCAUAAAGACAUGUGACAGUGGGCUUGGAUUUCAUGGUAUACAUUGUUUAUUCUUGGGCCAGCCUGAAAGAAAUGAAGCGUUAGCAACGUGAAGUGCACGUAUCUUCUUUCGUAGAUGAGUACGCACUGAAUGAUUUGGCAUGUACCCAAACCUGUGAUCCCAGGUUACAAAAAUUAAGUUAGUGUGAUUUUAGAAGUCUCAAAACCCAGGACAAUGCAAGAGCAGUAUUUAAAAAUACAUACAAAUGUGUGUUCACAUGAUUCAAAAAUGUCUCGAGUGAUUUUGGGCGCUGCCUAGAAGUCCUUUAAAAAAGCACUUGCAUCACUGUCUUCCGAUUUUUUCUUUUUAAGUCAAUUGUGAUUUGAAACAAAAUGAAAAUGAGCCAGACAUUCGAAAAAGAUCUUGGAUACAAAUUAAGAACUUUAUCUUAAACAAAAUAGAGAGUAAAUUGGAGAAAAAUGAAUUUAGCUUGCAUUUUAACCUCUAUGAAGAGCACAGAAGGUAGGAGAAGGCAGUCCGUGUUUCUGAUGCCUUUAGGCAUCACAUGGGGAAAUACUGUCUCCGUUUGGGAAAAGAAAAAGUGAAAUCCUGUUUAUGUAGGAGUCUACAUGUAGAGUUUUUUCCCAAAGCCAUUUCAAUUGUAUUUAUGAGGUGGUUUUGUUUUUUAUCAUCUCAUUGUAUGUUUUAAGUGCCUUUUUAUAUAAAGUGUGAACUUCUAGAGUUUCAAGAGUAUAUAAGACUAAGUGGCAUUGUAUUUUUAUAACCUCACUAAGAAGACUAAGAAAUGAAAUACCAUACCAAUUUUUACUUUUUUUAUGCUUCAAACAAUAAAGACGUUUUACAUU